AUGGCCUCUCGUACUUUCUCGCUUCUGCCACUUACCAACAGACUCCGAAUGCCUCUCGGAGGUCUCCCAGAUCACCUUGUUCUUCCGACUUGUUCUUUUUAUCGAAACGUCAGUGACUUUUCCAAAGGACCGACAUCGGCGGGGCUUCUCUCAUUAUUUUCAUGGUGCCAUUUUAUUGGGUUUUUAUGA